UACAAAUCGGGAGCGAUAAAAAGAUUUACACAAAAAUUUUUAUCGAUGCAGACAUAAAGUCGACAAAAGUUGCGAUCAAUGUCCUAAAUCAACCUAAUUGCAACAGCUCCUAUGCCCACGCUAUGUUUGUGUACACAGAGGCUCCUGACCAUCAGCGAAACAUGGAUGUGAUUUUCAAGGUGGUAAAUCGGGAGUUAAUACAGCUAAAAACACUGUCAUUCUGUGGAGCUGAUGUUAAGCUGAUGUUGUGUGCAGACACCAAAGCACUGUGGGCUGUGUUAGGAAUGGGCAGCAACGGGACUUAUCCAUGCCCAAUGUGUGAGAUACACAAAGACCUCAUGAAAGUUCCACGAGCACAGAGAUCAGCUGCCAAACCCCGGACCUUUGCUGGAAUCAAGCGAAACUUCGAAGACAACAUGAGGAUGACCCAGUGUAACCCGAGAUCCCAAGCGAAAUUCCUGAAUGUUGCAUCGCGACCUCUCACAGACUGUUUCGGGAAUGAUAAUGAUGAUCUGAUUAACUGGGUCGCUGUUCCGUUCUUGCACAUAACCAUCAAAGUGGGGACUGUCCUGUGGACUGAGUACGGUAAAUUGUGCGAGGACAUUGACUUUGUGCUAGCUUGCAACGUCACGGACGGAUUUCUCCCCAACUGUUAUAGCAGCACAACUGACUUCGGUGCCAUGAUCCUCCGCAUACAGCAAGGUAAUCGUGUAGCCACGAAAUGUAACAGUGGCCCGCUCUCCUCUCAAUAUGAGAAGUUUCUGAGGGGAAUUAAUGUAAUACCUGAGGCUUAUCAUGGUGUGUCGCUGACGGGUGUUAGAGCUGGAUACCUGCUGAAAAGUGACGACUCCCAAUUCUGGAGGGAACAGUUUUACCAAAAUGAGAAUUUGAGACCACAGGACAAGGUGCAUUUUCAGCAUCGACUCUUAGCCCUCGACAGGAUUAAGACCGCCUACAAAGAUCUCUUGGUUGUUGGAGGCAAGAGCGGGAAGGCAGAACCUCAGGAUAUAAAGACUCUGAUACAGUCGAGAGAUAUCUUUUUAGAGGAGUACAGGAAAUUUGGACAGUCAUCGUCUAUCAAGAUCCACAUGCUCGAGGAUCACUUUGUCGACCAGAUCAUACUGUGGGGGAUGUUAUCGGGCUCAUUUAACGAGCAAGGAGGAGAGAGCUGUCAUUCCCUUUUCAAGCGACAUGAACACCUGACUAAUCACAUUCGCAACGAAGAGGAAAGAGUGACUAAGAAAUGUGAAAUAGCCACCAGGAAAUAUCUCCUUAAACUUAAAUCACGGCAAAAGUCAUGAGCGGACACUAUUAUGAUAUUUGAAACACAUCUUU